CAUUAUGUUCGAUCUUCGAACCUUCAUCGGAUUUUAUUUUGUAGAUGCAGAUCGGAAGUAGCGACUCUCACGACACCCGAGGGCUUGACGGCAGAUGUCCGGGAGCGCGGAGCCCACACGUCGCUCUCUUCACUACAUCGCACCACUGCGGUAGGAUCGGGGUGGCAUCAGCAGAGGAGCAGACAGCAGGUAGCCAACACAGUUCACUUGUUCUGCUCCGCGCAACCCCAGAGGCGACUUUAUCACUUAGGAGACUCACCUGAUUGCUGUGCGAGGAUGGGACCGCUACUCCCUUUCAUCGUGUUGUGUUUGAGCGCCGCUGUCCCACACCGUGUGAAAGCAGCAGAUGGUGAGGAACCAACUUCUCCAGGUCCUUGUCAUCCAAACCCCUGCCACAACAGAGGAACUUGUGAGAUCAGUGAGACUUACAGAGGCGAUACGUUCAUUGGUUACGUGUGCCAGUGUCCACAAGGCUUUAGUGGAGUUCACUGCCAGCACAAUAUCAAUGAAUGUGAAAAGGAUCCUUGUAAGAAUGGGGGAAUUUGCACUGAUCAGGUUGCUAACUACUCUUGUGAAUGCCCAGGGGAGUACAUGGGAAGGAAUUGUCAAUACAAAUGCUCUGGACCACUGGGCAUGGAGGGUGGUAUAAUCUCUAACCAACAGAUAACAGCCUCCUCCACCCACCGUGCUCUCUUUGGCUUGCAGAAGUGGUACCCAUACUUUGCACGCCUCAACAAGAAGGGCCUGGUCAACGCCUGGACGGCUGCCGAGAAUGACAGAUGGCCAUGGAUCCAGAUAAACCUCCAGAGGAGAAUGAGGGUUACAGGCCUGAUUACCCAAGGUGCCAAACGUAUCGGCAGCCCAGAGUAUGUCAAGUCAUACAAAGUAGCCUACAGCGAUGAUGGGAAGACCUGGAGAACAUACAAAGUCAAGGGCAAAGAUGAGGAUAUGAUUUUCAGGGGAAAUGUUGACAACAACGCUCCAUCAGCCAACUCUUUUACACCUCCCAUUGAAGCCCAAUUUGUGCGUGUUUACCCCCAAGUUUGCAGGAGGCAUUGUACCUUACGCAUGGAGCUGCUUGGCUGCGAGCUGACAGGCUGUUCUGAACCACUGGGGAUGAAGUCUGGCCAUGUCCAAGAUUAUCAGGUCACGGCUUCCAGCAUUUUCCGAACACUCAACAUGGACAUGUUCACUUGGGAACCUGGAAAAGCCCGUUUGGACAAACAGGGCAAGGUCAAUGCCUGGACUGCUGGACACAGUGACCAGUCACAGUGGCUACAGGUGGACCUGCUUGUGCCAACCAAGGUCACAGGGAUCAUCACACAAGGAGCAAAAGACUUUGGCCACGUCCAGUUUGUUGGCUCGUACAAACUCGCUUACAGUAACGAUGGAGAGCGAUGGAGUGUAUAUCAAGAUCAGAAACAAGGAAAAGACAAGGUAUUCCAGGGGAACUUUGACAACGACACACACAGAAAGAAUGUGAUAGAUCCCCCGGUCUACGCUCGGUUUGUGCGGAUCCUUCCCUGGUCGUGGUACGGCAGGAUCACUUUGCGUGUAGAAAUACUGGGAUGCACAGAACAAGAGUGAUGUCUCUCCCCUCUCCAUCUUUCUGUCCGUCAUCCCCCUCUUCUUUGGAAUACUGGAAUCUAUCAAGCAGUUGCUCAAAAAUAAACUGUUCAACAUGUAAAAAGAAAUUAAUUUCCAAUAUUUUUUUUUUUUUUUCAAGGAAUAAGCAUAUAGGUUGUGGUGGGGUCUUGUUAGUUCUUUUGUACAAUGAUUUCAAACCUGCCUCCUGUUUCACUGUUUCAGUUUCCUACUUAAAAGCGUGAUCUUUGUCUUUUUAUUCCUCUCGAGAAUUGCCAUCCUGUUUGGAAUGAACUUCUGUAAGAUAUUUGGAUCAGGGUCAGGGGUCAGAGUGGGGUCUCACUGUGGUUUUACUGUGGAAGCUAUUGUACAGUGUCACUUUUUAACAAAGAUGUUAAAACUGUCUGUCGUGCUUCAUGGGACAUUAUUAACCGACUUUGUAUCAUGACUAAACUGUCCAAGGAAGAAAAUAUAAUAAAACAUUGAUUUUAAUUUCAUAAUUGGACCCCCUUCAAGUCAUGAAUACCCUCAAAGGAAAACAUUCAUCACAAUAUUAUUAACACACUUGUAUUAUAUGUAAAAGAUUAAGAAACUGCAUGGUACGUGAAUUAUAAAUGUAUAUUACGACAAAUCAUGAAAAACCUCCAGUCCUGAGAGCAAAUAGCUUUGAUUUAGGGACCUAUUUUUAUGUGCAUUUUUAAAUAGUUCUGACUCAUUACUUUACACUUAUAAAGAUUAGUGCUUUGUGAGACAACAAGCAAACACUUCGGGUAAAGAGUUGUACUGCAGCACUGACACUGAAGCUUAUGGGCUUUAUUUAUUUAUCUGAUUUGUUGCUCCCUAUUUCUGAUUAUAGCUGGUCUUUUUCUAAAACGUUAUCCUCUGUGCUCAUUCCUUUUUUCUACUCUAUUGUCAGAUUUAUGACAUGUGUUGUAACGUCCUCACGUUGUCUUGGAGAUCUAAGAUGAAUUGAUUCAAAAGCUCAGGAUAGAUGUCAUUCACAAUACUCCCACAUAUAUAACCACUUGAAUAAUGUUUGGCCAGAUAAGCAUACUAUAAAUUUAUUGUACACAGAAAAUAGCAGAUGAGGGAAGGAAAUUACCGAAGUCAUCAGCAUUAAUGUACAUACAUCAAAUAGUAAAGUUUUUUAUGUCUUAUAAUGAAAACAAAUAUUAAUUUGCUGAUUUUCAAAAGAAAACAAAUGCAGACUGUGUUAAUAAAAGUGUGUAAUUUGCUCGAACAUUGACGAUGGGCUAUACCAACAAUAGAGAACUCUAGUGUUUAUUGCAGGGUACCUAAGGAUUAAGGUUUUGUGUUAAAAACUGUACUUUUAUGUAAAGUGAUGCUUGCAGGACACAAAAGUACAUAAAAUAAUUGCAUAGGCAUUACAGAUGUGCGAUAACGCCAGUCACAUCAAAACCGUAUAACUUUGUUGCACUAUUUUGUAUUUGAGUUGCAUUUCACAAGAGAUGCACUUCUUCUUUGGGUUAAACAGCAUUAUUACAGCAUCAGUUUUCCACAUAUACAUACUGUUGAAUAGGCGACGAGAUCUCCAACGAAGAAAGGCUGUCAUGGUUUUCACAAAGGACCAGGCAGCACACAUAAUACAUACGUUGUGAAGAAAUUCAGUCUGCACUGACGGAGAUCCAAAGGCUCUCUCCGUAUUGGGUCGGACCUGUUUUCAUUAGUUAAGCUAACAAUUGUUUGACCAAUUGGAGGUACUCGUAGCUUUUGUAUAAAGUAAUAGAAAUUUCAUUCAAAAAUGGGUAGAAUAACUUAAAGAAUUGUGAUGGUACAUCGCAGCAAAAUUAAAUUACUCUGCACCAUCAGAACUGAAAUUUUACAUCCUUUAUCCCAAUACAGAUACACUGUACAAAAUGGAGACUCGGUAUAUGGAAAACGUAUAAUGUACUUCAGAAAUUGGACAGAGCUUGAUGUUUCGGAAAAUGGUUUUCAUUUCUCUACUUUUUGACAGGCAAAGAUACCAUUUUUUUAUUUACAGUCUGACUGUUUCUUUUACAUUUAUACAGUUUUUUCUGCAUGAAGUCGCUUUUUCUGUUUGGGUAAAUAAACUAAGCUUUGUAGGCUACUCUCUGGUAAAAAGUGGGUCUGCCAAAAUUAUUGAGUGCUACAUUCAGAUAUGUGCUAAAUUCAGAUAUGUGCCACAUACGAUUUGAUUUAUGGCCCGUCGGCUCUCAAAAGUUCUCUCAACAGCCAAAUAAUUUGUCUGCAUGUUUUUCUCUAAUGACCACAGUUGUUUACAUUACUUCAUCGGAAAACCUGCAAGUUAAAAUUGACUCUAAACAUUUUCCUACUUAAGUCUGUUCUAUAAUAGUCAAGAGCACAAGUGCAAAAUUUCAAUAAGAUUUACGUAGUGUGGUUUUGUACCGGGAAAUUUCUUUUUAAGUAGAAAAAUCUACCAGUAAUGUUUGUAGUAAGUUGGAAAAGUGGAGCUGAUCCGAGCAUACGCAGUAUAUAACACACUUGUGUGAUACACUUCUACUCUGUAAUGUCGCUGAUAUAAAAGGAAUGACUUUGAACAACUCACUUGUGUAAGUUACACUGAACGCCUUUGCUGUAGAUUGUCAUUGUGUGAAAACUGUUCUUAGUGUGAAUCAGUGACGGCCGCUCUGUAGGUCUGUGGGCAGAGAAUAAAUGCAUUAACUGUGUCUCACAAUUUUUUUUGGCUAUUUAAAUUGUGGUCCGUAAAUGCUUUAUUGCCAAAUAACUGUCGUGGCCAAAAUCUGCACUGAUCAAUCUUUGUAACCGGCUUUUACUUUCAGCAUGUAUGAUGGAGCAGGGCUGCUACAAAGUUUUCAGGACGUUUGCAUGAUAUACAAAUGAAAACAGUGCAGUAUAACAAAGAUGUCCACACCACACAAUCGUUCUUCAUAUAUAUCUGCAGUGUAAGUCCUUUUUACUUUACCCCUCCUGUCAGUUUGUCUUGCACAUUGUAAAACUUCAUUUAACUUGUUCAAAAUGGAAGCAAAGUGAGAAGCCAUGCUGUCUUUGCAUUUCUGUGUCAUCUGUUCACAAAUUGUUUCUUACCUCCUAUGUCUACAUCUAGAAAAGUAAGCAGUUUGAACACUGGUUAGGUUUAAGCCUGCAUAUAGGGGGGAGAGACUGUACAGUAAAAAAAAUUAAAAAAUGUUGCUUCAAACAAACUCAGUUUGACAAAUAAAAACAUAUGUGUGAAAAUA